AUGACUAAGAUCGCCGUCGGAAGUGCCAGUGACGCGGAUAAGGUGAACUGUACUCAAGCCCUAACAGUCGAGUUCAUCUGUGUUUUCCUAUUUGUCUUCGCCGGACUCGGUUCCGCCAUGGCAGCCGAUCAGCUAGGGGCUGGAUCUUCUUUGACGGGUCUGUUCUUUGUGGCGACGGCAAAUACGUUUGUGGUAGCGGUGAUGAUUUCCACUGGAAUGAGAAUCUCCGACGGCCAUCUUAAUCCGGCGGUGACUCUUGGUCUCUUAGCCGGAGGUCAUAUCACGAUGGCUAGAAGUUCACUUUAUUUGAUCGAUCAGACGCUCGCUUCUGCCUCAGCUUGCUCCCUCCUUUCAUAUCUAACCACUGGACUGACAACUCCUCAUGUGAAUACUUUGGCAAGUGGAAUGGAUUUCAUUCAAGGGGUAAUAAUGGAGAUAAUUUUGAUAUUGUCAAUGAUAUUCAUAGUCUAUGCUGCAAUUGUAGACCCCAAAAAGGGCUUCCUUAAUGGGCCCGGCCCACUUCUAACUGGACUCGUCGUCGGUGCAAGUAUCAUGGCUGGCGGACCUUUCUCCGGGGCUUAUUUGAACCCCGCGAGAUAUUUUGGGCCAACUUUGAUAAGCGGAAACUGGACCGAUCAUUGGGUAUAUUGGGCUGGACCUCUCAUCAGUGGUGGUCUUGCUGGAUUAUUUACAAGAAUUUCUUCAUAA